UUAUAUUAAAACGUAAAGUGUAACAACAACACUGAAUAUUUGGAAUGAUUUUAUCUGAUGUAAAUUUUCUUAUGAGUAUUGGACUUAGUAUAGAAAAGGCCAACCAGACAAUAAAAAAUGAAGCGCUAACAAGGCUUUUAAAAUCAAGCAUUGAAAAGGUUAAAGAAUAUGGUGAGGUAGAUAAACCCACUGGCAUUUUUAUAUACAAUUUGGUUACUAAGAUAAAACCUCAAAUUAAAAACCACCUUUCUUUAUUGCUUGAUUAUAUAGGAUCAAAAAGAAUUACCAAUGAUGUUCAAUUAAAUGCUGCUCUUGAAUAUCUCCUUACUAGCUCAGCUUCUAAUGUAGACAUUAACAUGUUAGAGAAAAAUUCAGGCAUAGGGGUUACAGUUAGUCCAGAAGAAAUUGAGCUAGAAGUUGAAAAAGCUUUAGAUAAAUAUAAAAAAGAUCUUCAGCAAAAAAGAUAUAAAUUCAAUACUGGAAUCAUAAUAGGUGAAGUAAGAAAACAUCUUAAAUGGGCUGAAGGCAAAAAUGUCAAGAGUGAAAUAGAUAUCCAAAUACUGAAUUUGCUUGGUCCCAAAACCGACGAUGAAAUUCUAGUUGCAGACAAUCAAACAAUCCCUUCUUAUAAAAAAAGUGGACCAGUCAAUGUUAAACGAGAAAACGUUAAGACCUUCAAAUCAAACUUAACGACAGAUCAUUUGGGUGCGGAGGUCGAUUUGAAAACUAGGAACGAUAAAAUCGGCGAUCACACAAACGAUGAUGAUCAUUUGGGAUUUUACAGGACACUCAAUUUUCAUAAGCCAGGCGAAAAUUACAAAACCGAUGGUUACGUUAUAACGCCCCAUACUCCUACUCUACUUAAGGAGCAUUUAGAAAGAACAGGGUCACGGGUGGUUACCCGAUUUCCACCCGAACCUAACGGAAUUUUGCAUGUAGGACACGCCAAGGCCAUAAACAUUGAUUUCGGUUAUGCACAGGCCAACGAUGGAAUAUGUUACCUUCGGUACGACGAUACAAAUCCUGAAAAAGAGGAGGAAAAAUUCUUUUUGGGUAUUGAAGAGAUGGUGUCUUGGUUAGGCUACACCCCCUACAGGAUAACUCAUUCAUCUGACUACUUCAACCGUCUUUACCUUAUGGCCGUCAGACUUAUCGAGAAGGGCCUAGCCUACGUGUGCCACCAAAGCUCAGAUGAAAUGAAAGGGUUCGACCCGGCCCCUUCUCCUUGGAAGGAUAGGGAUGUGGUCAUAAAUUUGACGCUUUUUGAAGACAUGAAAAAAGGCAAAAUAGAAGAAGGUAUGGCAACGUUGAGAAUGAAAGUGACCCUCGAGGAAGGAAAAAUUGAUCCCGUGGCUUAUAGAAUUAAAUUUGUACCCCAUCACCGAACUAAAUACGAUUGGUGCAUCUAUCCAACCUACGAUUUCACACACUGUCUUUGCGACUGUUUUGAGGAUAUAACUCACUCCCUCUGCACUAAGGAAUUCCAAUCUCGCCGUUCCUCCUAUUAUUGGCUCUGCAACGCUCUCGAUCUAUACUGCCCAGUGCAAUGGGAGUAUGGUAGGCUCAACAUGACUCAUUCCGUCGUCUCGAAAAGGAAAAUAGCGAAGCUCAUAGAGGCCGGAGUUGUCAAGGAUUGGGACGAUCCCCGAUUAUAUACUCUCACUGCCCUCAAACGUAGAGGCUACCCUCCGUCUGCUAUUAACAAGUUUUGCCUUUCCCUUGGGGUCACUACCGCUCUAACUAAUGUGGACAUCGAAAUGUUAGAGUCAUUUGUUAGGGACGAGCUCAAUUAUACAGCUAAAAGAGCUAUGGUCGUUCUAGAACCCCUUAAAGUGACCAUAGUGAAUUGGGACGAAAUCAAAACCCUUUUCCCUUUCGAAGCUUCAAAAGACAGCUCUGGUUGGUUGGAAUUGAACGUUCCCGAUUUCCCAGUCGACCAAUCGCGUGGUAGUCAUGUGGUUCGUUUUGGGGCUAAUAUCUAUAUCGAGCGCUCGGAUUUUAAGAAUGAUGCCGACAAAUCGUUUAGAAGAUUGACACUAAAACAAAGUGUUGGCCUUAGGUACGCUAACAUUGUUAUCGACGUUUUGGAAAUCAUCAAGUUUCCCAGCAAAGAAAAUGUAAUCAGUCAAUUGAAAGUCAAAGCACGGGCUGUAGCCUAUGAGAAACCAAAAUCUUUUAUCCACUGGGUAUCUGAUCCCAUGUUGUGCGAAAUACGAUUAUACGAAAAAUUAUUUAUACACAAGAACCCUGAUAAUUUGACUCAAGUUCCUGACGGCUUUUUAUCCGAUAUCAAUCCAAAUUCUGUCAAAACGAUGCCCCAUGCUUUGGCAGACAAAUCCGUCAAGGGUUCCUCCAAUUUCGAUAAAUUUCAAUUCGAACGAGUGGGUUACUUCAGCGUAGACCCUGAUUCCAAACUUGAAAAAAUGGUUUUCAAUAGAUGCGUUUCAUUAAAGGAAGAUUCAAAGAAAUAAUUAGGCUGUUAAAAUAUUUGCUUAAUUUUAUUAAAAAUUGAUAGUUGUUUAUUUGAUAUUAAAUGUGUUAAUUUUUUGGUUAAAAAAUAAUUAUUGUAUUUUUUUGAGUUUCAUUUUCAAUAAUUGCUAGAAUUUAUUUAAAUAUCUUACCUUAUGCCUAAAUAUAUCCUUCAU